CCCGAGCUCAUACGGACCCAGAUACCGUCGCUGCUGGAUCUGUUAGCGCAGAUUGAGAUGGUCCGCAAACGAGCGGUGAAGACGGCACGCGAUGCGCUCGAAUGGAAUAAACUCUAUGCGAAAGCCGCGGACGCAGAGGUACUGUUGCUGUCCGAGAAGGAACGCGCCAUAUGUGAACGGAUAGCUGGAAGGGUCGAAGAGGAAAAGACCCGGAAGAUAUACACAGAAAUAACAUCCAGACUGUGUGAGCUUGUCCGUGAAUGCUCUAGCUUGUCUUCAACGCAGCAUAUACAUUCACUAUGGACCGGAGACGAAGAGAAGCUGGCCGAGUACAUGCGAGAGUACUUUCCGAAGCUCACUAAGCAGAAGUCAAAUCAGCUCUUCCAUUCCGACUUGAACGAAGUGGAACAACUGCUACUGCACGAUGUCGGCAGACGCUGCGCUUCCUUCCUACGCGAUGCUGCGGACUGGGAGAAAGGUUUGGAAGAUGAGUGGGUCGCUAGGGGGUAA